AAGUUAUUUCGCGAAUUAAUUGAUUUGGUAAUGCUUAAACGGAAACGGCAAUCCCACUUAGAGUAAUGGAGUGACGCUUUGCUUUUUUAAGAAUGACGUGAAGCGUCUCGCGGUUUUUCAGCAAACUUUUAAAUACAACAUCUCGAAUAGAUUGAUAGUAUCGAACGAAAAUCCAAGACAGAUGGAUCGAAAAUAUUUGUGUGCAAUUAUUUGCACCUUUUUACUAAUCGAAAAUUGCGACACGAUGAAAACGAAAACGACGAUAAAGAAAAAAUUCAUACCGAAAAAGAGUAUCUGCGACACAGAUAUGCUCUGCACAAAUACGACUUUCUACCCUAAGACAGCUAUAAUGAAACUGAUCAAGAGAAAUAAAAAUAAGUUCGCUCAUCUUUCAGGAAAUGUAAUAAAACCCACAGAAGAAAUUGUUCCACGAAUCAAGAGUGUUGACGAAUAUAUAGAUUCUAACGUGUGUAGGACCAGGAGAGUUUCAAAACUCCCAUUGAUUGCCUUCGAUGCAAAAAUGAAACAGAAGUUCAUUGUGAAUGUGAAAGGAUACCAACAAAUUGUUUCCUAUGAGAUUUGUGUAGAUGAAAAUAGCGUAUGCUUUGGGAACGAUCAGUGGCCGAAUGAUUUCACCACCUUCUGCAAACAGGCGUACAGUUUAGUGCGUUUAGUCGCUGUGAGUCAUAGUGGCAAACUAGAAUAUGGAUAUUUUCCAAUACCUAGUAACUGCGUAUGUUCGUAUAGGAAGUUGGGUCCUGAUCCAGAAAACAAAGCUAAGAGGUGACGGCGGGGAAAAUAAGUAACAACGAAACUUAACAGUUCAUAACUUCAUCUAGGUUUUUCUUUCAUAUCUCUGCGAAAAUCCAAGGAAAACGAUUAAUGCAGGAAAAUAUUUCACUGGGAAUAUUAUUUUAUUUCAUUGAAUUGAGCUGAAUAAGAUAUUUUAUUCGAUGGAUUGGAAUUGAUUGAAAUACUUGACGUGUUUGAAGAAUUUCAUGUAUUUUAGGGCUUCGCUAACCUUUCGAGAUUCAGUUAAUUGCUCCUUCAAAGCUGAAAACAAAACAUAUCCAUUCAACUCUAUUGAAUAAAGCACAUUUUCUAUAGAGCGUUAGAUGAAUGGUUUUUGUGAAUAGCUCUGUAGCUGGAUACAUUGUCAACAAUUACAACAAUUGUUUCUUCCCGACUCAUCACUAUUGAGUUCAUUUGGGAAUUUUUUGAAAUAAUUUUUCACUCAUGAAUAUGGAAUUCAAGGGCUUUUCAAAUCAUAAUUAUGUAAUAUGUACUUGAAUAAUAUGUUGAAUUAUGUAAUUAUGUAUAAUCAUUGCCACUGAAAUUUUGAAUAUUAUCUAAAACAUUCAGAAAAAAAAAUUAUUUCCAUUACAAGUCUCCUUUGAUAUUUUGUUCAUACGAUAAUAUUGAAAAUUUUCAAAAGAUAUUUCUGAAAUUGAAAUUCGAGAGGUUUUCAUACAAUCGAAUAUUUGCGAUUGUUACCGAAUGCUUCUUUGUUGCUUAAACAAUAGGAAUGCUGGUUUUUCUAGAAACUAUAUUUUCUCAUCCAAUCUUUAUUAAUAAUAAUUCAAAAAUUAUUUUGCAUCUUCAUGCUUUUAAAAUUCGUUUUGAAUAUUGACUCAUGACAAAACUUCUCAUUUGAUAUGAAUCGUUUCGGUUAGUUUCAAAAUGAAAAAUGAUUUCCAAAUCAAGCUUUUUCCGGUGGUUGUAUUUUCAAAACAUUGUGAAAUGAAGUAGUCUGUAGUAUUCCCUGUAUUUUACUUCAGUCAGUAUAUAAUAUAUUUUGGUAAUUAAAGCCUUCAAGUCAGUUAGAAGUAGAAACAUAAUUUGUGAUAUCGUAUUUUGAUGUUAGUUAGCGGUUUUGACUCAAUUAUAGGCGAACUUUGCCGAUUAUGAAGUAUUAGUUACGUUGGAAUAACGACUGAUAAAUUAAAAUCUACAAUCUUGUGAAAUAUCGGAAUUUUAUAUAAAUGUACGAUUUGUGAUAUAUUAUAAGAUGAAUCGAAUAACACAUCGAAUAUUUAUUUAUUAUUUUUAUUUAUAUAUUUAUUGUAGAGUGAGUACUUCGAACGAUUAUUAUACGCAGUCGAGCUUUGCUCAUCAUUUGUUUCAAUAAAAAUGGAAGUCUGAGUGUA